AUGGCCUCCCUCCUCCAACGCCUCAUGCGACCCUUCUCCUCCACAUCCAUCCACUUCACCCCGGAAACCACAUCCCAAAUGACAGUCCCCGACGGCGCCCAGCGCGCCACCAUCGCCGCCGGCUGUUUCUGGGGCGUCGAACACAUGUACCGCCACGACUUCAAAGACAAAGGCUUACUGGACGCACGCGUAGGCUACAUCGGCGGCGACACCGAGUCCCCCAGCUACCGCGCCGUCUGCAGCGGGCGAACCGGGCACGCCGAAGCCUGCCAAAUCCUCUUUGACCCGCAAAAACUCUCGUACAAAACCCUCAUCGAAUACUUCUACAAAAUGCAUGACCCCACCACCGCCAAUCGUCAAGGCCCCGAUACAGGCUCGCAGUAUCGUUCGGGCAUUUUCUAUCAUGAUGAGGAGCAGAGGAGGGUUGCCGAGAUGGUUACCAAGGCGGCGAAUGAGCAGUGGUAUGCUGGGAAGAUUGUUACGGAGAUCCUGCCGGCUGGACAGUGGUGGGAUGCGGAGAAGUAUCAUCAGUUGUAUUUGCAGAAUAAUCCCGGGGGGUAUGAGUGUCCGAGUCAUUUUUUGAGGAGGUUGCCGGAGCUUAGGUAUGAGUAGGAUACAGGGGGUGAAUAAUGGGAAAUUUGAUGCUGCUUCUGCCUG